CGCAAGGUCGCUACGCCAUGAAGCGGAGCAUGCGGACAAACUCAGUCACAGGACCUCCACAGCGAGAGGAGCGACCAGUCUCGCCAACGCCUCCUCGAGCCAAAGGCAAGGACUCGUUCAGCAUUCGAUCACUUUCGCCUACUGGAUCGUUCUUUGGGCGCAAGAAGCAGAAGGAUAUCAGACAGUCUUUGCGUGGAAAUUCUGUCGAUGCUGGAAGCAGUCGUAUGACCACUUUGAGGAGUUCACAACCGCCUCCUAAAGCUGCGCGCCAGAAGCCUGCGCCAAGUCAGAUACAGAGUCGAUUCAAAUCGCGAUUUGUAGAUUCGGAUGACUCUGAUGACGAAGCGCCUAGGCGACUUCCAUUCAGAAGUCGUUUCGCUGACUCUGACGAUGAAGACGAUGAACCACUGGCUCCGGUGCGUGGCAUACCUCGUCGACAAGGGCAGGAAGACGGCGAUUCCACCGAUUUAGAGGACUCGGACGACCAGAACGAUACGAAGACAGCGUCUCGGAAACGCGAAAAGCAGGCCACACCCAUGGUGCCAAGCUCAGCAGAUAUCGAUAAAGCAAUGGAUGCUGCGAGGAAGAAGCUCGGCACGGAGCAGACUCCGGCCCCACCACAGACACCGCCUCAAGAAGAUGGCAAGCAAGGUCAAAUGCUGACACAGGGCAGUCUUCGGAAGCCGACAGGUGAAGAGACUCCCGAGCCCAAGUCCAGGCCUGAUGAGAUCGACUUCUCGUCUGACAAGAAGCGUCGAACGUUCAUGGGCAGUAUCCUGCGUCGCAAUCGCAGCAGCCAGAAAUCCGUGACCAAACACUCUUUCCAUCAAAGUGAAGCACCACCGAUGCCAUCAAGUCCACUAGUCACACAGCGUCCGCCUACGGCUACGGCAUCACCCAUUACCCCAAAUGCACGACCUCAGAGUCCCACAAGCCCCGGCAAGCUGACGCGACGGAGCUCCAACCAGCCACCGCGUAUGAAGCGUGGUGACUCCACUUUCUCCACGGCAACAGCACCACCGAUGAUGGGUCAGACGUCUACAGGCGAGUGGCCUCUUCCAGCUGUUCCCAAAAUCCCCGACAAUGUCGAAGAGCUCAAAGGUGAGGCUCGUCCAGCCACAUCUGAUGGAACACCUGGGCAGCUGCAGAGGAGUGCGAGCGGCCACAACGUCAGAUUCUCCGAACCGCCGGAAUCCAAUUCUAAAGUCGUGUACAGUGCACGCACGGGCAAGAAGAAAAAGUUUGGCAUGUUGAGACGUGCUUUCGGUCUUAAUGACUAGAGAGCGUCACCGCUGAAGAGCUACUAGUGUGCAGCCAGCAGGCACAGUUCCCUUUUAUCAUAAUGUGUAAUAUCUAUUGCCCAAUUUGAGUGCUACUUCAGCGGCGCUUGAGGCACGACAUCACCAAGUAAGAAGACGAGGAGAUUGAGUGGGAUACCAUAGCUGUUCUCAACAGCAUUCCG